UUGAUUUGCAUACAUUUUCAGAACAGACCUCUGUAUCUUGCUCAACAUAGGAUUUUUGAUCAAAUACCAAAACUUUGCGACGACUUCUCCCUGCCAUUGUAUUGUGACCAUUGUGAGAACGUUGACAAAAACGGAUGGAUUGGACCCGGAGGCACUGUAUCUCCCCUCCAUACAGAUCCAAGAGAAAAUAUUUUCUGCCAGAUCGUGGGUCGCAAGUUCUUCCGUCUUGUCGCUCCAUCUGAUUCAGAAAAUGUGUACGCUUUCAAGGACGGCAUCAUCACCAACACUAGCCAGGUCGAUGUGUUGAGCCCUGAUUUGGAGAAGUAUCCGGACUUUGCGAAAGCACGUUGUUGGGAUGGAGUUGUGGAAGCCGGCGAUGUGUUAUUUAUUCCUCAGGGCUGGUGGCAUCUGGUCUUGGCUCUUUCUAAUUCGAUCUCGAUCUCGUUUUGGUCUGAUAAGUGA